CACACACACACACACUCAGUGGGGGGCAUGCACCGCUGCAGAAAACUUGCGUAUAUUUAAUUUUAGGUUGUCUAAAUUGAAGACAUAAGUGAUGCGCGGUAUGUGGAUCGACUCUGUGGCUGCAUGAACUGCGAUUUUUGCCAUCUGAGAGCCGUUUAAUGUGCUCUUUAUUCCGGGAGGAUUACUCCUUCCCUCAGUAACGAUGGGUUCUGUGAUGUUGGACUGGAGGUUAUCAUGUCUUCUUCUGCAGGCAGCUGUUCUGCUGCUGCUCAGCAAGGGGGAGAGGAUGUGCCCUGCGAGUUGUCGCUGCGAAGGAAAGAUUGUUUAUUGCGAGUCGGGCAUCUUCCAAGCCAUCCCAGAAAACAUCACCACGGGGUGCCAAGGACUCUCUCUGCGCUACAACAGCCUGCUGGUUCUGUUGCCGUACCAGUUCGCUCACCUUAAUCAGCUUAUCUGGCUUUAUUUGGACCACAACUCCAUCAGAGAUAUAGAUGCUUUAGCCUUUCAUGGUGUGCGCAGGCUCAAAGAACUCAUCCUCAGCUCCAACAAAAUAACUCAUCUGCACAACAACACAUUCAGCGCUAUACCAAACCUGCGGAAUCUGGAUUUAUCCUACAAUCAGCUGCAGUCUCUGCAGCCAGGGCAUUUUUAUGGUCUGCGCAAGCUACAAAAUCUCCACCUUCGAUCUAAUGGCCUGAAACAGAUCAUCAUCCGUACAUUUCUGGAAUGCCGCAGCCUGGAGUUUCUGGACUUGGGUUACAAUCGCUUGCGGAGCCUCACCCGCACAACCUUCUUAGGGCUGUUCAAGUUGAAAGAACUUCAUUUAGAGCACAAUCAAUUUUCCAGGAUUAAUUUCUUCAUUUUCCCACGCCUUACAAACCUCCAGGCUCUUUAUUUGCAAUGGAACCGCAUACGAUCCAUCAAUCAAGGCGUGCCUUGGACCUGGCACAAACUACAGAAAUUGGACCUGUCAGGGAAUGAAAUCCAGAUCUUGGACCCGGCGGUUUUCCAGUGUAUGCCGAACUUACAAAUACUCAACCUCGAAUCGAACAAGCUCAGUAGCGUGCCUGUAAAAGCCGUGGCGGCGUGGACCUCGCUAACCACCGUCAGCCUGGCAGGUAACGCCUGGGACUGCAGCCCCAGCAUCUGCCCGCUCAUGGGAUGGCUCCGAGGCUUCAGAGACUCCAAAGACAUCAGCAUGAUAUGCAGCAGCCCAAAGUCUGUGCAGGGCGAACGAGUCGUGGAUGUGGUGAAGAAUCACUCGACGUGUGUGGACGUGUCAAAUGAUUUCUCAACCACCGCUCUCAUCGUUCUGACUUCCACCCAAGUUGUGAACAUCACAACCUUCCUCUCUCCCUCUGGUGUUACACACCCUGGGACUGAGUCACCUGUACAGAGGGUAACCCCUUGGCCUGUCCGUUCUAGUGGGACAAACAGGAAGACAACAGGGCCCGCAAACAUGAGCUCCACAUCGCCCAUCUCCCCUGAACCCCCUACAUCGUUUAUCCCAGAGCUACAGUUUGAACAUAUGGCUUUCCAUAAAAUCAUUGCAGGCAGCGUAGCCCUGUUCCUGUCCGUGGCAUUGAUCCUCUUGGUUAUUUAUGUGUCCUGGAGGCGCUACCCCAACACCAUGAGGCAGCUGCAGCAGCACUCAGUCAACCAUAAGCGCAGGAAAAAGGCCCGCAAGCAGGAGCAGGACCUUAACUCUCAGUUGCAAGAGUACUACCUGAGCUACCAUUCAAACUCCGAGACAAUGGACUCUUUGGUGAACGAGACAAGGCCGUGCACGUGCACCAUUUCAGGAUCCAUCGAAUGUGAGGUCUGAGGUGGCAAUUCCACCUUACGGGACUCAAAGUGCAAUUGCUUAGCAGAGGUAAAGUGUUUUUAUCCCCACUGAGAGAUGAUAGAUUCUGCCGCACUGAAGGAAAUACUUGGGGGCAUAGUACAAUACCACGAUGUGCACAGAGACAAAGACUGCAACGGAGAGAUAUAUUUGGAGCUAAUUAUCACUCUGACUGACACCAGAACAGUGGCGGGGUCAGCCAGGUCAGCUGUGUACAAUCUAAAGUAACACCUGGGCCUCUGCUGCAGCAGCCAUCCACCCUGUAGAGAGACUGACCUUAUUCUUAGUCAAACUAUUUCGCCAUAGAACAUUCAAACCAACAAAGCCACUUUUUACUUGCUAGUUUUGAUUUUUCUUAUGUAGCUUGUGAAACAUUUGGGAUGUAUGUGUGCAUUUCGGAGUGUAUGUGUGUGUUCAUAUGGAGAUGAUCUGACUGAUGUCUCCUGGUUUACUGACUUCUGGUUGGAAGAGUUACAGUGUUGCACCUUAUUCUCACAAAAUACUAGGGAUGUAACGAUGCAUCCUGAACCGGUAACAAAUCAAUAUAAAUGUGUAAUGAUUACAACCGGUUGAGA